GGCUCGAGCCCCCAGGCCAGUGCUGUGUCAACUGGGUGGAGGAGAUUCUUUGGUUUGCCCUCCUCCUGUGCCUCCUGGCAGUUUUAGGUCUUCCCCCCACCACCCCCAUGAGAUUUGGCCAAGAUUUUGGACCUUUCUCAUAAAAGCAAACCCCACUGUUCUGUAACUGAAACUCGUGGCCAUCGAGACAAUUCCGACCCCCUCCUAGCUACCUAUAGGACAGAGUAGAACUGCCUUUUCGAGUUUCGGACAGCCUUCCUUUUUCUUACACGGAGAACGUCUUGUGGUUUGGAACUGUCCACCUUGUGGUUACCAGCUGCCCAAUGCAUAACCCACUGCAUCACCGGGGCCCUUGCGGACUAGGUGCUGAUGCGUAUUUGACGGCAUGAAUGGAGAAAGCCUCCUGGGGGAGCAGAGGAAAGCUGGGCUCCAUUGAGGUCCUCGCCGAGUAGCUGGUGUGAACAUCACGCAUUAGUGGGACUAGAAGAUGAACUCAACUGAAUUCAGUGAAGAUGUAGAAGAAGUUCUGAAGACUGACGCUGUGAAGGUGGAGACGGAGGGCGAGGAUGCUGCCUUUGACCGCUCAGUGAACCCCAGGCCUGAGAGGCACCCUCUGGACAGUGUGUUCACCGCCCUUCAGGACUCCAGCAAGCGGAAGCAGCUGGGCAGCGAUGGCCUGCCGGACCCGGUGCCCAGCGUGAAGAGGAGGCGAUUGAUCCCCGAGGCACUGCUGGCAGGCAUGCGGAACCGGGAGAACAGCUCGCCCGCCCUGGGGAACGGAGAGCAGGCCGGCAGGGGCAAGACCCUGGGCGCCGGCUGGCUGGGUGAGGAGGACGCCGGCCAUGACGUGACCACGCCAUCCUACAAAAAGCCCCUGUAUGGCAUCUCGCACAAGAUCAUGGAGAAGAAGAACCCGCCCGCCGGGGACCUGCUAAGCCCCUACGAGCUCUUCGAGAAGCUCAGUGCCGGCAACAGCCCCUCCCCGCUACGGCUCCUGAACGAGCCCUCGAAGCGCGACAGCGGCGGGGCUGCAGCAGCCACCGACGGCGACCCCAACAUCUACUUUCUGAUGCAGAAGAUGUUCUACAUGCUCAACACGCUCACCUCCAACAUGUCCCAGCUGCACAGCAAGAUGGACCUGCUCUCCCUGGAGGUGAGCCGCAUCAAGAAGCAGGUGAGCCCCACCGAGAUGGUCGCCACGUUCCAGCCGCCCCCCGAGUACCAGCUCACGGCCGCUGAGCUCAAGCAGAUCGUGGACCAGAGCCUGUCGGGCGGGGACCUGGCCUGUCGCCUGCUGGUGCAGCUCUUCCCCGAGCUCUUCAGCGACGUGGACUUCUCGCGCGGCUGCAGCGCCUGCGGCUUCGCGGCCAAGCGCAAGCUGGAGUCGCUGCACCUGCAGCUGAUCCGCAACUACGUGGAGGUCUACUACCCCUCGGUGAAGGACACAGCCGUGUGGCAGGCCGAGUGCCUGCCCCAGCUCAACGACUUCUUCAGCCGCUUCUGGGCCCAGCGGGAGAUGGAGGACAGCCAGCCGCCCGGCCAGGUGUCCAGCUUCUUCGAGGCCGAGCAGGUGGACGCGGGCCACUUCCUGGACAACAAAGACGCGGAGGAGGCGCUGUCCCUGGACCGGAGCAGCACCAUCGCCUCGGACCACGUGGUGGACACGCAGGACCUGACCGAGUUCCUGGAUGAGGCCUCGUCGCCCGGCGAGUUCGCCGUCUUCCUGCUCCACCGGCUCUUCCCUGAGCUCUUCGACCACCGCAAGCUCGGCGAGCAGUACAGCUGCUACGGGGACGGCGGCAAGCAGGAGCUGGACGCGCAGCGGCUGCAGAUCAUCCGCAACUACACGGAGAUCUACUUCCCGGACAUGCAGGAGGAGGAGGCCUGGCUGCAGCAGUGCGCCCAGCGCCUCAACGACGAGCUCGAGGGCCUGGGCCUGGACGCGGGCAGCGAGGGCGAGCCCCCGCGCGACGACUGCUACGACUCCUCCAGCCUGCCCGACGACAUCUCCGUGGUCAAGGUGGAGGACAGCUUCGAGGGCGAGCGGCCCGGCCGGCGCUCCAAGAAGAUCUGGCUGGUGCCCAUCGACUUCGACAAGCUGGUGAUCCCGCAGCCAGACUUCGAGGUGCCCGGCGCCGACUGCCUGCUGAGCAGGGAGCAGCUGCGCAGCAUCUACGAGAGCAGCCUGUCCAUCGGCAACUUCGCCUCCCGCCUGCUGGUGCACCUCUUCCCCGAGCUCUUCACCCCCGAGAACCUGCGCAAGCAGUACAACUGCAGCGGCUCGCUGGGAAAGAAGCAGCUGGACCCGGCCCGCAUCCGGCUCAUCCGCCACUACGUGCAGCUGCUCUACCCGCGGGCCAAGAACGACCGCGUGUGGACGCUGGAGUUCUUCGUGGGCAAGCUGGACGAGCGCUGCCGGCGCCGGGACACGGAGCAGCGGCGCUCCUAUCAGCAGCAGCGCAAGGUCCACGUGCCGGGCCCCGAGUGCCGGGACCUGGCCGGCUUCGCCGUCAACCCCGAGCACUUCCGCGAGGAGUUCGAGGGGCCCCCGCUGCCGCCCGAGCGGAGCAGCAAGGACUUCUGCAAGAUCCCCCUGGACGAGCUGGUGGUCCCCUCGCCCGACUUCCCGGUGCCUUCUCCGUACCUGCUGUCCGACAAGGAGGUGAGGGAGAUUGUGCAGCAGAGCCUGUCGGUGGGCAACUUCGCUGCGCGCCUCCUGGUCCGCCUCUUCCCCGAACUCUUCACCGCCGAGAACCUCCGGCUGCAGUACAACCACUCGGGGGCCUGCAACAAGAAGCAGCUGGACCCCACGCGGCUGCGGCUCAUCCGCCAUUACGUCGAGGCCGUCUACCCCGUGGAGAAGAUGGAGGAGGUGUGGCACUACGAAUGUAUCCCCAGCAUCGACGAGCGGUGCCGCCGCCCCAACCGGAAGAAAUGUGACAUCCUGAAGAAAGCCAAGAAGGUGGAGAAGUGACGGGCCUGUGGGGCACCUAGGACCAAAGGAUGAGCGAUGGGCACCCCGGGGCACGCGCUCGGGAUCCACAGACACGCACCUUAAGGCCGUGGGGAGUAGCUGACAUUUGCACACACCAAACUAUUAGCGAAGUGAAGCAGCUUUUGACUCCCGCCCCUGAACUUGGGACUCCCGCCCUCUGCGUCCCGCGCCCCGCGGCUCAGCCAGCGGGAGGGGCGCGGAGCUGGGAGAGCAGAGGGGUCCGGGGGCCUCUCUCUGGCCGGGCCCUACCCCCUCACCGGCCUCCAGUCUAAACGCCAAGCCCAUAACCCACUUGUUUUCUUCCCACCGUUUAUAGCUUUCAUUUUUAUAAUUUUUUUUUAUUAUAAAGAAAUCCUUUAAAAGUUUUAUUAGGCUCUCUUGGAGCCAUUUUACUUAGAAAAAAAUCUUUUAAAUAUUUGAGAUGAAGGUAAUUAUGUAAGAUGACUAAGGAUGAUAGGAUUUUUCUUCUUUUUUUUUAAAAGAUGGUUUCAGAUUUAUGACAUUGUUGCAAGUGCCAGGCUCACGCAAGAAUGGCUUAUCUAGCCCCGCGUCUGUCCAGGCUGGCAUAGAGGGUUUUACUGACCUUGGUGUGACAUGAUUCCGGAAGAGUCAAGACACCCUUUGGGUGGCAGUGGAGGGUCUGGGCCAGCACCUUGGUCGUUCUCUUCACUGUGGUGCCGGGGAAGGCGCCGUGGGACAGGCCUGCCCAUCACUGCUCGUCGAAUGCUGUGCUCACGCCCACAGACAAGAACACUGGAUGAUGACGAUGAUGAUGAUGCUAUGAAUGUAGGCAGACGUGGGAACACCUGUUCACAAUGUCUGCACCGUGCCCUUCCAGUGCCCCCCUUGCCCUUGCUGGGAGUGGCUGCUGGCUGGCCGGGUAGACCCAUGUCCUGGGAAACAGUACGUGUAUGUAUUUGACUUCUCCCUGGGGGCUUGCCAGGACAUGGGAAUCUCACUGUGUGUAUCUGUACAACUCCCAGACCCCGGGUUCUGGGGCCGUAUGGUGGCGUCACCACCUAUCAGUGUUAGGAGCUCCAGUCAGUAGCACAUCCCGUUUUCCUGGCCCAUGCUUGGGUCUUCUGGCUUUGGAAGGACACAGGUCAUGCCACAGGGGCUCCCAUGAUCUUUCAGGGUCCACUCAGAACCUUCCCCACUGGUCCUCCAGAAAGAAGCGCCCCUGUCCCCAGCACAACACACUGCUCUAGGCCAGCAGCAGGCUCUCAGGAAACACCAGCUGAAAACCCCAACAGGUGAAAGUCUAAAAAUACUUGGACCUACCUAACAUACAGAGGCUCACCUGCCUCCGAGGGAAAGGAAGCAGUCUAACCUAAACCGGACAGUUCACUGAAUUGAUGAUACAGGGUAAUCAUAAAAUCCUUGUGGAGUGUCACAUGUUUUAAGACCCUAAUGGCUUCAGGUUUUGCUACCUUGAACGUGCAGAAGCAAUAGAAACACUGAACUUGCUUCACAUGGUUGGGAAGGAGCUUAGUCCCUCUGGCUGUGUGACAUGAUUUUGCCUCUUGAAUCAAAUGAACUUUUUUAGAAAUAAAUAUAUCUAUAUAUAUGACACACAAAUCUGAACCAAGUCCCUGCCCUAACUUUAAUAAAUUUGCUUUUAACUAUCA